AUGUCGUCUUCUGGAGAGUCCAGCGUUCGCACGUCACCUCAUCUAGUGAGCGAGUUGAACCCAAAAGGGAUCCGACCAUGCUGCGCUUGUCCUGAAACGAAGGCGGCGCGUGACGAUUGUUUCCUCAAGUUCGGUCACAAUGUUGAAGAACACGGCGAAUCUGCACGAAAAUGUGAGGAACUUGUCAAGCGGCACAGAGAAUGUAUGGCAUCUCUAGGUUUUAAGAUAUAA